UGUGUGUGUGUGUGUGUGUGGUUGUUGGAGGGGAUGUUGCAUGCCAACAAACAUGUGUUUGUCAACAAUGUCCCUGUCCAAGUCUCUGUGAUAGAACACCAGUGUUUGUGACAGAUCUGUUGGAAAUGCAUGAUCCAAAUUGCAGCUGCACAGCAUGGAUACAUUGAACACGUGAUCCACAUACAUUCAAUUGAUUCAAGUGUGUCUACAUUGACCCUGUAUUGAUAGAUCCUAAGUGGACAAAAGCAUAUUGUAUUUGUCUGUGUAUGUUAAGUUUAACGUGAUUUUCAACCCUCUGUCAGACUACAAUACACACACACACACACAGAUGCUCCUCGCCAGUGAUUAAAGAGACACGUCCACUGUCUCAGACUGACUGCAUUUAGACAUGCUUACUACUUACUUAUUAACUUUCAGAAAUUCACAUUCGAAUGAUUUUAAUCUUAAGUAUUUAAGUAGUGCGACUCAGCCUAUAUUAAUGUGUUGAAUGCUGUUUUGUAAAUUAAUUUCUUGUGAAACCUAUGAUUUACAUAUAAUAAAUUGGAACGUGAAACAUCUGCAUGCUUUGAUCACUGUUGUUAUCCCAAAUAAUAUUCUCUAUUGACGCAGUAGGAAGUCAUCUAGGGGCAGAGCAGCAGUUCGUGUAGUCGGGCAAGAAGCACAACGAUGAAUACACGCAUAUUUGUUAAAUAUUGAUAAACACAUGUGUGGCAAUGUUUGACAAUUGUUGUGGAAUAAUGUACACAAAUCUCCUGUGAAAUAAAUAGCAAUGAUGGCAGCUGGGCAUUUUCGUAGUUUGGUAAAUAUAUUGCUUAAGUUUAAUGGUCCUAAUUCCGUGAAUUUGCAUUCAUGAUGCACUGGAUUUCACAUCGAUAUAUACAACAUAUUUGCAGAUUAAUGUACCAGGCAAUAUGUCUGAUUAAUUGAUAUUUAAUUACAGUUAUGUCUGAUCAGAAUGACAUAGCUAUGUCAUCAUAUGAUUAUAAACACAUCUUCCAAUAUAGAUGAUGGUAGAUUUUGAGGACAUGUUGCAUCAUCAUCCAUCCAGUAGCUUCCGCUUAUCCGAGACGGGGCGCGUGUGUUUCAGACACCCUUCUUCUUCCCAGCAACGCUUUCCAGCUCCUGGGGAACCAAGAGGCCAGACGAGAUAUGUAAUCUGUCCAGUGUGUUCUGGGUCCACCCCGUCUCGUUGGACGUGCCUGGAAAACCUUAUAAGGAAGGCGUCUCGGAGACAUCCUGAUCUAAUGCCAGGACCAACUCAGCUGGUCCCUUUCGCCACUAAGGAGCAGCGGCUCGACUCGGAGCUCUCUCCGGAUGUCUGAGCUGCUCACCCAAUCUCUAAGACCCAUCUGCAAAAAAACAGUGCUGCAAUUCUGAGGGUCCCAAACCAGACACUCUCCUGGGGUGACGAGGGACAACCCUGGCGAGGCAAACAUGCACUUGAAGCUUGAUUUUGUGCCGAGUAUCCGGACACAGUUCUCACUUAUCUUCUCAUACAAGGACCGUAUGGCUUGUAGCAAUGACCCAGGUACCCUGUCUUCCCACAUGGCUCCCUAGACUGGAUGGGUGCACCCCCAUGACCCCUGGAACAGACCUGCAAGGGUAAAGAGCUGGUCCACUGUCUCCUUUUUAACAAUGGGAACCACCACCCCUGUCCGCCACUCCACAGGCAUGCAGUGACCUUUCAGUUAAGACAGCCCACCAAUGUCAUCAUUGUGCGUAUGCAAUAAUAUACAUCUGCUACGGUGUCUAUUAAUAGCCAAUGAAGCAGGAAUUACUCCCCAAUACGAGUUUUGUGCCAACAAUGAAUAGAUGAAAUUGACUCCGGCACCAUUAAAGGGUAAACAACAGUUCCUGUCGUUAUCUUAUGCUGCAUCUCUUCUUUUUCUCCUCAGUCUUUGUACCGUGGAUCCAGCUGUGUAGACCAGGUGGCCAAUAAUGGAUGAGCACGUCAUUCACCAGACGGAACACAUGACCACCAUCGAGGCCAGCGCCGUCAGCCAACAAGUUCAUCAGGUACAUGUGGCCACCUUUACGGAAGCAUCCAUGAUGAGCGCUGACGAGGACUCGACGUCUUCGCCAGAUGAUGAUCCAUACGACGACACGGACAUCCUCAACUCGGCUGGCACUGAUGAGAUCACCGCACACCUGGCGGCCGCAGGGCCAGUAGGCAUGGCAGCCGCUGCUGCCGUGGCAACCGGAAAGAAAAGAAAGAGGCCUCACGUCUUUGAGUCCAACCCCUCCAUCCGCAAGAGGCAGCAGACCCGUCUGCUCAGGAAACUCCGAGCCACCCUGGACGAGUACACCACCAGAGUGGGCCAACAGGCCAUCGUACUUUGUGUCUCUCCCUCCAAACCCAACCCUGUGUUCAAGGUGUUUGGCGCCGCUCCUCUGGAGAACGUGGUGAGGAAGUAUAAGAGCAUGAUGUUGGAGGAUCUCGAGAACGCCCUGGCUGAACAUGCCCCCGCUUGUGGAGACCUGGCCUCAGAGCUGCCCCCCCUCACGAUUGAUGGGAUACCUGUCUCUGUGGACAAAAUGACCCAGGCCCAGCUGCGAGCGUUCAUCCCUGAAAUGCUUAAGUACUCGACGGGCCGAGGGAAGCCCGGCUGGGGCAAGGAGAGCUGCAAGCCGCUGUGGUGGCCCGAGGACAUCCCCUGGGCCAACGUCCGCAGUGACGUCCGCACAGAGGAGCAGAAGCAGAGGGUGUCUUGGACGCAGGCGUUGCGGGCCAUCGUGAAGAACUGCUACAAGCAGCAUGGCCGCGAGGAUCUGCUGUACGCCUUUGAAGAUCACAUCACCACGACAACCACCACCCAUCACCAUAUGACCACCGCGCAGACCAUCGCUCACCUCGUGCCCCAACAAACGGUGGUGCAGACCGUCAACAACCCCGACGGAACGGUCUCGCUCAUCCAGGUCGGCACAGGACACACAGUCGCCACCUUGGCAGACGCGUCGGAGCUGCCCGGUGUGACGGUUGCGCAGGUCAACUUCACCACCGUGACUGAUGGAGAGGUGGAGCAGAACUGGGCCACCCUCCAGGGCGGCGAGAUGACAAUUCAAACCACUCACUCGGAGGCCACGCAGGCAGUAGCGUCCCUGGCUGAAGCCGCGAUAGCUGCGAGUCACGAAAUGCAUCCCGGGGCCACGGUCACAAUGGCUCUCAGCAGUGAGGCAGCGGCCCAUGCUGUUGCGACGUUGGCAGAAGCCACCCUACAAGGCGGAGGGCAGAUUGUCCUGGCAGAGACGGCCGCUGCUGUUGGGGCACUGGCAGGGGUUCAAGAUGCCACAGGUCUGGUCCAGAUCCCCGUCAGCAUGUACCAGACUGUCGUGACCAGCCUCGCCCAUGGCAACCGGCCUGUCCAGGUUGCCAUGGCACCGAUCACCACGCGCAUAGAUAACACUAUCACUUUGGACGGACAGGCAGUGGAGGUUGUGACUCUUGAACAGUGACAAUUAAGGCCCUGGAAGGAGUAGGAGGCACUGAGCGGCCGCCGUGGGGAUGUGUCAUCCUGCUGUUUCCAGAUCAACACGCUGUGUACAAUGUCAAAUAUAUUUUAAAUGUACAUCUGCAGGGGAAGUCGGAGUGAGUUAUCAAUGUGUUUACUAUGUAAAGAUAUUGCUUUUGUUGGUGUAAUUUUUCUCCCAUUUAAGCUUCAUGGUUAUUUUUUUUUUUAGCUCUGUGAUGUUGAGUAUUUAGUAUUUAUUUCUUUACAAUGAACCUUUACUUCAAAACGAAGAUUAACCAAAAAGCCCGGAGGAAAGCCACUACUGCUUCACCCCACAGUGUGCAACGAUCACUGUUAUGAAUUUUCGUCAUUGUCUCUGCGCUUGACUGUUUGGUUUUUAGGAUGCAUUUACAAUUCAGUGCCAUGUCUGUUUCCUAUACCCUUGAUCCCUCUUCUAAAUUUCACUGUUUCCACCUCGACCUAAAACUCCAGCAUUUGAGCUCCCAGACAUCGCUCACAUUUAGAUUAUGACAUUUUAUGUUGAAAUAUCAUCUUGUGUACUUUUCCCUUUGCUGUUUUAGUGUAGUCCGCGCACAUGCCAAGAUUUGUGAAGACUCAGGAUUUACAUCGAGCUGUUUUUUACUGCUGAGCUUUUGUCCUGAAGCAGCCACUUUGGAUCCAUUUAUGUCCAGUGCAUGGAUAGGGGCACACCUCGCUAUGUUAUUUUUGUAACAUGAACAUGUAUGUCACUGAGGACUUGUUGGAUCACUGCAUCACUUUGUAUCUCACAGGAAGUUCAUAUACUUGGACCGGGGCUGCGGUAUGUGUGAUGCUAAUAUUAAAUAUCUUGCAACCAAACAUUUGCUUGCCAAGAAUCGACUUAGUUCAAAGCAGCUGUAACAGUUGGUUGUUCUCACCACUAUUUAAAAAAUAAAGUCCAGACUGUUUACCAUU